GAAUCAUAUUGGCUUGUGGACAUCAUUAUUUUGAGGUUUAGGAAAUGCAGAUUAACAUUUUUUUUUUCAACAUUAUUGACCAAACAACAAAAUAAUUAAUUGAGAAAAUAAACAAUAGAUUAAUCGAUUAGGAAAAAUCAAGUUAUUUACAGCCCUAUAAUCCUUUGUUGCAUAUCUGAGUCUCAAAUCUGCGGAAACUGGCAUCCAGCCUCACCUCAGCCAGAGAUCAUGCAAUGUCCUCAGGUUCUUGGAAGAGUCUGCACUUAUCUCAUUAAAGACAAUAUCUGCUUUAGGCUUUAAGCUUCCGUCACUCGCAGUUGCAUGAAGGUUCAGGUGGAUAUCAGUGCUGCCAGUGCUCUGUAGGAACACUGUCCUCUCCUCCAGCUCUCUGCAGCACUCUGGACAGAAAACGACAACAAAAUAAUAAUAAUACUAAUAACCGUCACAGUUCUCUGGGAAUAAUGGGAGGAAACUGCUCAAGCCUGGACGAUAUCCUGGAGGAGGACAUGCACCACUGGUACACCAAGUUCAUGAGAGAGUCUCCCUCAGGUCUCAUCACGCUCUUUGAGCUGAAGACGAUGCUGGAAAUGAAGGGGAUGACAGAGGAGGCCAGCAGCUAUGUGGACCAGGUCUUCUACACCUUUGACAUGGACGGGGACGGCUACAUAGACUUUGUGGAAUAUAUUGCGGCAAUAAGUUUAUUACUGAAAGGAGAAAUAAACCAGAAACUAAAGUGGUACUUUAAGCUCUUCGAUCAAGAUGGAAACGGGAAAAUAGACAAGGAGGAGCUGGAAACCAUAUUUAAGGCAAUUCAAGAUAUCACCAGGAGUUACGACAUCCCUCCUGAGGAGAUUGUGACGCUAAUCUACGAGAAAAUCGAUGUCAACGGAGAAGGUGAGCUGACACUCGAGGAGUUCAUCAGUGGAGCGAGGAAUCAUCCUGACAUCAUGGACAUGCUCAGCAAGAUGAUGGAUCUCACCAACGUCCUGGAAAUCAUUAUCAGAGGUCAACCUAAGAAAGCUCUGAAAUGAGCUUCAUCCAGCUUGAGUGUGUGGACUGUGGGCUGACAGAAAGCUACAGUGUUGAUGAAAAGAGUGACAGAGUGAAAUAAAUCCACCUCUGUUGAAGAGAGUUGAGUGACAAGUCCCACAGCAAAUAUGACCUUCCCUGAACGCUCCACAUGUGGUGAAAGGACUCAAUCCUCUUCCUCCUGCUUGUGUUCUCACACACACACACGAUGGUGGCCCUUUGCUUUUGUUGAGGUUUAAAAUCAGAUUGUGUUUGGAGAGUCUCAGUGAGGACUGACUCGCCUGCCUUCAGGUUCCCAUCGUGCUUCUCAUAAAUGGCGAAGAGCAAAUCACUUGGAUUUAUGUAGGUGUAAUUUUCAGUAGCGAACUGAGCUGGAAAAUGCUGUUUGAUUUUCUUCUUGGUUUGUUAAAUACCACAAAGCCAAGUGCGGUCAGUCCAAAAAGUCGUUUGUAUAUCUGAAACGAUAUUAGAACAUAUUGAAUUCACGUUUUAAUUCUGAGAAAAUCCUGUUGAAGACAAGUGCAAAAGUCACUUUACUGUAUUUGGAUGUUCAGAUAUUAACACUAUGUUGUUACCAUGCAAAACAUGUAGUGGCAUUGUUUGUUCUUCAUUUUGUUCAUUUGUGUUCAAAAACUGGAUAGUGAAUAAUAUUCAUCUUUGUGUACAUGAAAUGUAAUUUUUCUAAAUAUUUCUGCUGCAAUUAAGGUCACAUUGUUGCCUUAAAAACAUCAAUACAAUGUUUUUCCUUAAAAAUGUCCCUUUUGUUUAUUUUUCAGUGCUCACGCUAACACAAUUUACUGUCUUCGAUUCAAAAACUGAAUUUAGUUAUACAUAUACAUACAAUACAGUGUUAAACCAACAGGAGUGAAGUGCAACAAUAUCACACAUGGAAUGUGAAAGUUUUGCCAUUUGUGUGUCAUACUCAUUUACUGAUAUAGUCACUGAUGAGGGACCAGUGAAAGAGCUCAAUGACGCCAUCUUGUGAGCAAGAAUUUAAGAGACACACCGGUGACAAAUUUGAGUUGACUACAAACAAAUGACACAUGUUUUUGUCUUUUUAACUCUUACAUUUCCUCGCCUGUCGUUCUUUCACCUUGGAUUUGAUUGCACAUAUUUUUCAUUUCAUCACUUAAUUCACGUAUGGUGAAAAGUCAAGUUUCUUUGGAACACUGUCAACAGGAUAAAUGAUUUGUAAGUAUUGUGGUUUAAGAAAUGCAAAAGAAACUUGUCAGGACUGAUGAUAUAGGUUGCCAUGUGCUUGUUAUAUCACAUGUUUCCAUGUGAAAACUGGUCUUGAAUAGAAAAUAGAAACCACUGCCUGUUGUCAAACAUAACUAUAGAAAUACUGAAUAUCACUUCAUGAAGAGAUUUCUUCCUUGACUCAAUCUAUGAAUUUGGUAUUUAUAAAUGAAAACCAGCAUUUCUAUUUGAGUGAAAAAAUUAAAAACGAUCUUUUCUUUUUUGUGAGCAAACAUCCAAGUUAUGCCUUUGACAUUUUAUUUUUAGACAUUCAAAAAAUCUGAGGUUUAACUGUAAGAGAUAACCAGCAAAUGUAAACACAGUUGACCUUGGCUUAAUGCCAGUUUUUCCUCUACUUUGGAACAAAAUU